CGCAUCAAUAAAAUUAGAUUCAGUUGUAAGGUUUACUCUCCGCUUUACGCAACAUUAGUUUCUUUCUCAAUUUCACAAGUCGUAUAGAAUAUUAGGAUAUUUUUUUUAUAUUAUUUAGACGAUGGAUAAUUAUGCUUUCGUGGUGGACGAGUCAACGCUCGACGAGAAUCGAUACCAGCACCAUGCAGCCUAUGAAAUGAAUAUACAAAAUCAAUAUGAAAUGAGAGAUGUCCCCACCAUACGGCGGUUCUGCAAUCGUCCCUGUUUCGAGUUCCGCAUCAAUACGGAGUUUGGAAGAAUUCUCGUUGCCCUCCAAGGCAACACACAAAAACCAGCCAUCGUCACCUAUCACGACCUAGCGUUUAACUAUUUAAGUUUUGAGACCUUUUUCAAUCAUAAGGACAUGCAAGAUGUGCUUGACAAUUUCUGCGUGUACCACAUCAAUGCACCCGGCCAAGAGGAGGGCGCCGCUCCUUUCCCAGAGGAUUACACGUACCCGACGCUGGACGAGCUGGCCACCCAAAUCAAGGCGGUCCAGGAAAAAUUCGGGUUUAAAACAUUCAUCGGCCUCGGAGUCGGCGUUGGUGCAAAUAUCCUUGCCAGAUUCGCUAUUAAAGAGCCAUCCAAGGUAGAGGCAGUGGUGCUUAUAAACUGCACGUCCACGGCUCCGGGCUGGGUAGACUAUGGUUUCUUCAAGUUGGCCAGCACCAGAAUGCGCCGCACCGGCACGUGCGAGCCCGGCUUGGAUCUUAUAAUGUGGCAUCACUUUAAUAGAUUGAACCAGGCGUGCCAUAAGGAUCUACUCAUCAAGUACCGUAACCAGUUCGCGUGUCUACCCAACGCGGGCAACCUCGCGCUGUACUUAGAGGCGUUCGGCAAGCGGCAAAACAUGCGACUGUCGCGCGAACGCGGCACGAUGCAAGUGCCGGUGCUGAACAUUGUGGCCGGAGGCUCGCCGUACGUGGAUGCGUCGAUCAAUUUCAACGCCAGCCUGGACCCUUCCAAGUCGACUUGGAUGAAAAUAAAUUACUGUUCUCUGGUUCUGGAGGAAGAGCCCGGCAAGGUAGCCGAAGCCUUCCGCCUCUUUUUACAAGGCGAGGGCUAUGUAUCACCCAUUCCUAAGAAGAAGUUUAUAUUGGGAAGCGAAAACCUUCAGUCGGGUGAACGUCGCUCGUGCCGUCACUCGCCCGUCAUUCGUAUCACUGAGAAUCCCAUCUCAGAAGCGGUUGCGUGCUAAGCGCUUCAAACUCACUAAAUAUCGAUUAUUUAUGACCGCGGUGAAGAGAUGUUAGAAAUAUCGGAAAACAAACGAUUUUUGGAUGUCUGUUCUAUAUAUUCAGUGUAAAGCACUUUUUUACCGAAAUCAAAUUCAUCAACGUUUUUGAUAGUUUUUAAAUUUUACAGUCAGCUUAAAUAAUGUACUUAUGUGGAAUGCAUUAAGCACCACAUAAUUUCUCAGUUAAUACUUUAUUUAAAUGAUUAAUGAUGACCUUUUAUCAGAUAUCACGUGUAUGGAUUAUAUAUUCUGUUAUAUUUCUAUACAUCUCUACUCCGUUCUCUUGUAGGUACUAUAAUGCUGUGAUGGCGCGACUAUGUGUUCCGUUUUUAUCAUGCGCAUAUACUUUUUAACAUUUUGCGCAAACCUCGUUGGAACCGCUUUUUUGGUAGAUCUUAUAUAUAUAACUCAUGUGAGACGGAAAAUGUAAUCGCUCCAUAUAUUAUUGUGUAGCACAGAAACAAUAAGAAAUAAACGACUUCAAUGGAAUAUUUUACUAAAUUAACAGAAUUUUUAAUUUAAGUUAUUUUUAUUUAUUUAUUGUUAUUUUUUUGUUACGAUUUUUUUAUGUUUAGAUAAGUUUUUUAUGUGAUAAUUGUAAGGUAGUUAGUGUGUUAUGCGGGCAAGUUGAAUUAAACACAUGUGUUAGGUUAUUAUACAAAAGUCGUACCUUUUUUCGCUACACUGUUAAAUAUUCGAAUAUCUUUUUUAAAUAUUGGUUGUAUUUUAUCAAUUUAUGAAACAAAAAAAUCAUUAUUAUAUCAUUUAUACGGCUUCUUAUUAUAAAUGUGUUUAAUUCAAUUUGGAAUAAAAUUUUUAUUAUAAAUUGCCCGCCUAGUUACCAAAGAAAGGAGGGUACAUAUCGGAUGAACAUCUUAGAUAGAAUAUUGCAAAGGAGUGUUUGGAUUAUCUAGCACCGUGCAGAUUGGUAAUCGAAUGUUUUAUAUUGUUAAAAAUGCAAUUUUAUAGUAUUGCUGUUAUGGUGUAUAACACGGUAAUAAUCGUUACAGCUAGAUAAUAAUAAGUAGGCAUGUUGCAUUGAAAGUUAAUAGAAUAAAUAAAAUGUAGAAACGUGAUUUUUUUUUAUUAUAAACGAAAUUAGGCACAGACAUUUGUACUUGAACGUUUUAAUGCGCAAGCAUUUUCUAAACUUAGAUGUUCAUAGAAAACAUUUUUGUGAAUGAUAACAUUAAAGUAGGCAAUUGGUCCUUGCUUUUCUAGUGUUUGAAUUACACAGUGUUAAAUACAAUAUCGAUUGCCAUAAUCAGUGUUAGUUAUGAAGUAUUGAGUACAACGUCGGACAUUAUAUUAGUAGCUGAUAGUAGAUCUGAGUAGAACUGUUCAUAUAGCCUAAUGUUUUCUGUCCGACUCCAAGGCGAUGCACAUUUCAAGUUCCAUAAUCAUAUUAAACGAGUUUGUAAUUAA